UCUCGACCGUCCCUCUGAUCAAUUUCUCAAGUUACCGAGAUGCGCCCAUUUUGUCCUCGCCUCGCUCCAACUACCUUGAUCACAUAAAAAGGUUUAGAGGACAUGGACGCAGAAGACAAUGCACCUCCCUCACCAGCUCACGAUUCCAAAUCCAAGGCCGAAUCAAGCACCAAACCUGCAGCUCCAGAGCCAGACGACUACACAUCCCACCAAAGUAAAAGCAAAGGGAAAUUUCGCUUCAAAUCCAAAUCCAAAUCUAGUUCUAGGUCUUCACGACAUGAUUCUCACCGACAUGACUCCCACCGUCAUAGACACAGACACAGGCAUCACCACGAUGACGACGAAGUCCGCCACCGCAGACAUAAACGCCGCAGAACAACCACCACUCGCUCCCCCUCUCCUGGUACCGUCCCUUCAUACCCGGGCCCUCCAUUAUCGCCAAACACCGCUUUCCGUGAGUCUCUUUUCGAUGCUCUAGGUGAUGAUGAAGGCGCGGCGUUUUGGGAAUCAGUUUACGGGCAGUCGGUACACUCUUUCGCUGCUCCGCCGGGACAUCUCGGCGGGGAAGGAGACGGAAGGGGAGAGCUCGAACAAAUGGACGAGGAGGAAUACGCGGCUUAUGUGCGCGGUGAGAUGUGGAAGCGGACGAGGGAGGGGAUGCUUGAGGAGCAGGAGCGCAUAAGAGCGGAAAAGAGGGCAAAGGUGCAGGCUGAGAAGGCGGCUGGCGCGAAUGAGGAGAAAAGAAAGUUUGAAAGAGCGAUGGAAGACAGUCUUCGGCGGGGCCGGGACAGGAGAAAGAUGAAGGAGGUAUGGAAGGGAGUUUGGGGAAGCUAUGUGAAGUCCUGGGAUGAGAUUGAGUCAAUACGGAAUAAAGGCGAGGGUGAAGGACCAGCGGAAGGGGCUCAGGUACGAAAUCUACUGUUUUGGCCCGUCGAGACAGGGAAGAGGAGGGACAUUACAAAAGAGAACGUGGAGGAGUUUAUGCGGCGAGCUCCCCCGCAACCCGCCGGUCCUGGGAACGAAUCUACUCCCAAUGAUGCCCUGCUCUCUACGCUCAAGGCGGAGCGAGUUCGGUGGCAUCCAGACAAAAUUCAGCAUCGAUACGGUGCGCUGGGAAUCGAUGAGUCGGUAAUGCGCAGCGUUACAGAAGUCUUUCAGAUUAUUGACCAUUUGUGGAGCGAUUUGAAACGGUAGUCAGCAUUUACGAACUGCAUUGGAAUGGCUCCGGCGUUGGUCUUCUACUGGGAUAUCCCCUAUUAUUAUUAUUAUUUUUCUUACGUCUUAGGAGGAUUCUAGCGUUGAUACUAUUGAUACCCGUUUUUGCAUAGAAACUUAAGCGUUCAUAUAUUUCGAAACAGUGAAAUACACAAUCGUGAAACUUUUGGCUCGUUUCAUA